GAGGAGGAGAGGAGAAGAGGAGAGCAUCAGGGACGACCUGGAGGAUGAGAGUUUGUGAUCAUAGUGCUGCUAGUCUUUGCACACUUUGGACUUUUACGCAUAUUUGUUUUUUCUCUUCUUGUUCGCCUCGGAGUCACACAGGGAGCCUCUGAUGGGCAGCCUGGCUGUUUGGGUUGCGGUCUUGGCCGCCUUGUCGGGCUGCUACCAGGCUGGAGGACACAAGAGCGGUCGCAGAGGCGACCUGGAUGCGGGGCCGUCAUCUACGGAGGCGGGGAAGGCGGGCGGCAGCAUGGAUCAAUCCCCCUCUGGCCCAGAUGGCGGUCCCUGCCAGAGGACCUACUGCGGACGGGGUCGCCAGUGCGCCCUGAUAGCUGGAAGCGGGCGAGCCGAGUGCGUCUGCCAGGAAAAAUGCCGGCCCUCCUUUGUGCCGGUGUGCGGCUCGGACGGCCGCUUCUAUGAGAACCACUGCGAGGUGUACAGAACCGCCUGCCUGGAGAGGAGACGGGUCUACGUGGUGCACAGCAAGGACUGCUUCUUCAAAGCGGGCAACGCCUGCACCAUGUCCGAGUACAACCGUCUGAAGAGCAUGCUGCUGGACAUGAAGGCCACACCCGGGAACGUCAGCAAGCAGAGCCAGCAGGGGGACAUGGAGGAGAGGAGGGUGCUGGUGGACACCAUGUUCAAGUACCUGGACGUCGACCAUGAUGCACGACUGGUUGGCGAGGAGCUGGAGAAGAUCUCCAUGAAGGAGCACUUGGAUGACGGUCUGUUGCAGUGCACCAUGCGGGACCUGCUGCGCUACGACGACUACAACAACGAUGGACACCUCAGCCUGCACGAGUUCUACACCGCUUUCCAGGUUGUCCAGCUGAGCCUGGCGGAGGACCAGCGAGUCAGCGUCUCCACGGUGACGGUGGGACUCAGUGCCGUCCUCACCUGUGCCAUCCAGGGCACCCUUCGGCCGCCCGUCAUCUGGAAGAGGAACGGCAUUGUGCUCAACUUCCUGGACCUGGAGGACAUCAAUGACUUCGGGGAUGAUGGCUCGCUCUACAUCACCAAGGUGACGACCAUCCACAUGGGGAACUACAGUUGCCAUGCCUACGGCUACGAGGACCUCUUUCAGACGCAUGUGCUGCAGGUCAAUGUCCCUCCGGUGAUCCUGGUCUACCCGGAGACGCAGGCCCAGGAGCCCGGCGUGUCUGCCAGCCUGCACUGCCACGCCGACGGCAUCCCGAAUCCCAAACUGCAGUGGCUGAAGAACGGCGUGGAGCUGCAGCCGCGCUCCUCCAAGCAGCUUUCGCUCAUAGCAAACGGCAGCGAGCUGUUCAUCGGCAGCGUCCGCUACGAGGACACGGGCGCCUACACCUGCAUCGCCAAGAACGAGGUGGGAGUGGACGAGGACAUCUCCUCCCUCUUUGUGGAGGACUCGGCCAAGAAGACACUUGCCAACAUUCUGUGGAGAGAGGAAGGUUUGAGCGUAGGCAACAUGUUCUACGUGUUCUCGGACGAGGGCGUCACGGCGCUGCAGCCCGGCCAGUGUGAGAUCCACCGACAAAUGAAAAGGACGGAAAGGAUCGCUGCGACAUACGAGGAGAUGUGCCCUAAAGGCGAGGGUCCAGCCGCCCAGCGCUGCGUGUGGUCGUCGGCGGUGAACGUGCGUGAGAAGUACAUCUACGUGACCCAGCCGCUCCAGAGCCGCCUCCUGGUGGUGGACGUCCAGGCGCAGCGGGUGGUGCAGGCGAUCGCCACAGAUCCAUUUCCGGUCAAGAUGCUCUACGACAAGUCACAUGACCAGGUGUGGUUGCUCACGUGGGGCGACAUGGACCGGACGCACCCGACGCUGCAGGUGAUUCCUCAAGCCAGUGUGGGAGAAGUCCAUCACGCCAUGCGCACCACCUUCCAGCGAGUCAGCGACUUCUUCAUUCCGCCAACCAACCUCAUCAUCACUCACGUGAGGUUCGCCUUCAUCUUCCUCAAAGAUGAACCCGCCGUCCACAAGGUGGACCUGGAGACCUUCCGCCGCGUCAAGACCAUAAGUUUGAAGAACUACAGCUGCGUCCCGGCCAGCAUGGCCUACACGCACCUGAGCGGUGUCUACUUUGUCCAGUGCCAGCCCAGAGGACGCCGACAGACUCCGCCCAUGCUCCUCAUCGACAGCGUGACGGACGCGGUCAUCGGGCCAAAUGUCAGCGGCGCCAGCGCCUUUGUGUCACCGGACGGCCGCCACAUCGUGACGCCCGACCCCAGCAGCGCCAAGCUGAGAGUACAGACCGUGUCUUUCCAGGGAGAGAUGCGUCUGAGACAGGAAGUGGACGACCCCGUCGCCGUCUCGGACCUGGUUUUCCAGCCAUCCUUCGCGGAGUCCAACAGAUACGUGGCGGUGGCCUCCUCGGACUCAACCACAGACCUGCUGUUCGCCGAUCUAUCCUCAGGUCACACUGAGGUUCUCCGGGGGCUCAAGGAGCCCCUCGGCCCUCACACCUGGCCCUGGGGGGGUCCCUACAGAGUGGUGGUCUCCAGCGGCUUGUUUGGACAGUACCUCCUGACGCCGUCGGCCGAGUCCCUCUUUAUCCUGAACGGCAAACAAAGAACGCCGCACUGCGAGGUGUCAGACAUCAAGAGAGGGAACACGGUCGUCUGGGUGGGCGAGGUAUGAGUCCGGAACGUUAAAACAUAAAAAAAAAAGGUAUGAGUAGUUCCAAUUAUUCUCAAGAUUGAUGUGAUCGUGGACUCAAGCAAGGACCAUAAAACGUUUGGAUUUAAUGUAUUUGAAAAAAAGAAUAGAGUAAAUAUAAAGACACCUUGUUGUGAUAUUCCUGCUGGGAGAAAGUGUCAAUGGCGUCCAGUGCAACCAUUAUUAUUGCACUUCCUUCCAUCCUAUCACAGCAAGUAGGUACCUGGUUACCAAACAGCAAACUAUGCACAAUGCUCACUUUUUUAGAUGAAAAAAAGCUUUCCGAUUGUUUUUUUGUUUUUUUUUUGGUCGUCUUCACCCGUGCUGCGUACGAUAGCCACCAAGUGUCCGCCGUCUGUCCUGUCCGUGUGUCCAAAUCCAAAUCCCCUCUGAUAACUUUCAUGCCGACAUUGUGGACCGCCCAAAGGGCCCGACUGGCCCGUUCUUUGCUCGGUCACAGAAGAAUACUAACCAGCAAGCGACGACAUCUUGUCUUUAGCCGCGUCAUCACGCCGUCUCACCCAAAGUGUACGUUUAUAUCCGGCUCUAUCACUCCACCGGGGGUGUCCAAAGUGCGGGUGGGGAACGACAACCAUAGGUUGUCAUUUUUUUGAGAAUAGCGCUGUAAAAUUAUGAGGAAGAAUAACCUCAUUUCAAUAGCAUAAAGUUGAAAUACGCCAGGAAGAAACAUUUUUUAGGGAUGCUCCAAUCGAGGCUGCCAAUUCCGAUACUGAUGUUCCAUGAGCAAAAAUCGACCGAUACCGAUCACUUAGACUUAGACAAUAAUGUUGUGAAUUAUCUUUUACAGACAGGUGAGGUAUUGUAGAGCUGGAUGGCGUGUGGAAUGAAGUCCUGUAGCGUUCACUGUGGGAACGGAACUGGGGGAGUCAGUUGAUCAGUUUGUCCAUACGGCUUAUGUCCUUUUUGCUGGUGCUGCUCACAUGGAUUAACUGUAAAAUGAAAAGGGAGUUCCCAAUGGGAUUUUUUGUCAUGGGACCCAAAACUCCUGGCUGCACCCCUGCUAUUGGCUUUAUGAUAUGAAAAAAGAUAUGAAAAAGAACAUAUAUCACCGGUGAAACUUCCAGAGGAUGAGACGCCUUCUUUAAGAGACUUUGGACGUGAGAGUACAUUGGUGGAGCUCUAGCAGGACUUCCAGGUGGCACAUAGGUGGGCACCAAGUGAGAGAGCAGUUGGUGGACCCAGUGUCUUCCACUUCUGACUUGCGAAGUUUGAAGGAAAAUGGGCGACGGCCGCUUCUCAAAUGUUAGAACAAGACACCACACGACACACAGGCAUAGCUGCAGGCUGCAUGCUGCCAUAGCGCUAGCCACAGGUGGCCGAUCGAUCAGAGCAUCCCUGGCUUGCUUUUUGUUUGUAAUAUUAUGAGAAACAAACAAACAAAAAAAUUGUAAUCUAAAAAUAAAAUUAGGUUGGGGGAAAAAGUUAAAAUGUGAUGAGAAUAAAGUCAAAAUAUUAUCAGAAUAAAGUCAUCAUCACAAGAAGAAAGUUGGAAAAAACAUCUGUAAUUUGACAAGAAUAAAGUCCAAAUAUUAAGAGAAAAAAGUCAGGUUUAACAAGAUAAAAAGUCGCAAUUUUAGGGGACUAAACUGUAAUAUUAUGAGUGAAAAUAAUGUCACGUUGGUAUCAUAGAGUUGAAAUAUUAAAGAAAAAAUGUGUUAUAUUUUUAAAUCGUAAUAUUGUGAGAAACAAAUGAAACUAAAUAUAAAGUUGUCAUCUUUGGAAAAUUAGGCUGGGGAAGAAGUUCUAAUAUUAUGGAAAUAAAGUCAUAACUAAAAGAAGAAAUCAAGUUGAAGUAGUUGUAAAAAAAAAAAAAAAAACGCUGUAAUUUUACAGGAAUAAAGUCAAAAUAUUAAGAGAAUAAAGUUGUAUCUAGCGAGAAAAAAAGUCGUAAUUUUAGUAUCAUGGAGUUGAAAUAUUGAAGAAAAAAUGCAUUCUUUCAUAAAAGUUGUUUUAUUAUGAGAAACAAACGAAACAAAAUGAGGUUGUAAUUUUUGGAAAAUGAGGGGGAAAAAGUUUGAAUAUUGUGGGAAUAAAGUCAAAAUAUUAUGGAAAUAAAGUCUUCAUUUUGACAAGAAAAUUGAAAAGCUGAACAGUUGGAAAAAAAACAAAACAACAACCAAAAAACAGUAAUUUUCCGAGGAUAACGUAAAAAUAUUUAGACCAAAAGUCGUAUUCUAACGGGAAAAAAAGUUGCAAUUUCACAAGAAUAAUAAUCAUUUCAGUAGUAGAAGUUGAAAUAUUGAAGAAAAAAGUGGUACUAGUACGAGAAAGAAACACAUUUUUGGAAAACGAGGUCGAGGGGAAACGUUAUAAUAUUAUGGGAAUAAAAUCAAAAUAUUAUGAAAAGGAACUGUAUGAAGAUUAUUUAAGAAGAAAUUUGAAAUAUUUGGAAAAUUCAAAGAAGAGUGAAGUUGAUAUUAAUAACAGGCUUUUUCACCUUUAUGACGAAGCUGAGAUGCACUUUUUUCUUGAAAUAUAUAAAACUUCUUAGCAUUUUGUAUAACGUCUAUCAUUUUUCACGAUGUGGCGGUUUGGACACCCCUGCACUUGGCUGUCUGACUUGGCUGUGAGUAUUUGUACAAUGAGUGUCUAAAGCACGCGCAAUGUACUGCUAGCUUGCUAGCAAUGGUUGAUGCGUGUGCGAUACUGUACAUAAACGGCGUGCACAAGGCUACACGAGUGGAAAACGACUAACAAAAGGCAAAAUGCCCAACAUCGAUCUCACGAUGCUAGCUUACGUUUGUGAUCUUAAUAUACCGCGGGUGUGUCAUAGACUGGACAGGUUCUAGUGUCUCUUUAUCGUCUUGUCUUCUGAAGACUCUCUGAAGACAAGGAAGAGAAAGCGGGGACGGGGGCAGAAAGUCGUAGCCCAAAGCUAACGUGUCUACUCUUCCAUUCUUGCGUGAUAAUUAUCUUCAAACGAUGUUUGCUUGGUUAGCAACAAAGCAUUGUUGUUUUUUUUGUGUUAGAAAAGAGUCAAAGUUAGCAGUUGGCGUGCUAGCUCAGUGCAUUCAGGAUGUUGCUGUUCCACCCAAGUCCUGUAGGUGUCGGUAGAGCGCAUUGCAAUGCGUGUACUCGCAAUGCUAAUGCUAAAAAGAAUGCUAACAACAGAGGUUCUAGAAAAAUAUUACUAUCAAUAAAUCAUGCUUUUUUGUGGUUGACUAGAGUCUAUUAUUAAUAAAAAAAUAUAUAUAUACAUAUUUAAGCACAUUUUAUGGAUUUGUUUUGCCUAAAUGACGCAAUUUCAAGCAUAGAAAUGGCUAAAUGAAGUAAAAUACAAAUAGAAGGCAUUCAGAAGACGCAGUCAAAGAUGUUGUGAUGAUUUGUAGUAUUCUACACUGGUCACUAGGUGUCAGUAAUGUAACAUUGAUGAGACAAGAGCCACCACAGGAAGUACCGUACAGAACAGGAAGUAAAAAAAGAACAAGCAACUCUCCUAGUGCUAACGUUUGUGAGUCUAUAUUAUGCACUGAUCUGUAUUAUAUAUCUGCACCCGCCCCUGCAAGCCGCUGAAGCCAAAGAGACGCCAUCUUACCACUCACAAUCGACAACCUUCGUCCCUUAAAGAAAUACAUAUAUCAUGAUAUAACAAAAAGCACGUACAUUUCCUCUUAGCUAUUAUAGAGCUACAUAAACGUAUCAAUUCUGGACAUACAUUUAAUCAGAGGAAUUUUACACGAUCGAAAAUAUGUGAGAGGUCGACAGUGCAAAACUCUUCAAUCAUAAAUCUACAUUUCAAUCAUACUUACAGGUGAAAUGUUCGUCCACAGCCUUUGAACUGGCGAUUUGUGCGGUUAAUAGCUGCACAUGCAGGCAUCUUAAGGCAACAUUUGUGUCCAGUAUGAAUUAAUAAAAGAAGAUCACCACGAAUGCAAAAGCUUGUCCGAGAAGUGUUUCUUGCGAGUGGCAAUAUGGCGGCCUUGUGGCUUCACAAGUCAUCGCCAAUGAGCUAUCCAGAUACAUAAUACAGAUCAGUGAUAUUAUGUCUUAUUUAUCGCUUAGACAGGGGUGUCCAAAGUGCGACCUGGGGACCAUUUGUGGCCUGCAGUUGCUUUGUUACUGGCCUGUGGCACAUUCUAAAAAUACAAUUAAUUAAGAAAAUGAAAAAAACAGCAGUAAUUUUACUAAAAUAAAGUUGAAAAAUUAUGAAACAUGUAAUUAUUGAAAUAAAAUAAUAGAAGAAGUACAUUCAAUUUAAAAUAAAAUGAAUUAAAAUUAAAGUUACAAUAUUAUAGAAAAAAAAAUAUUUUCAGAAGUUGUCAUAUUAUGUGAAACACAACAAACAGUAAAGCCUAAAAAUAAAUUAGCUUAGGAAAAACUUUUAAUAUUACGAGAAUAAAGUCAGAAUAUUACAGGAAAAUGUGAAAUAUUUGGGGGGGAAAAAAAACAGUAAAGAUGGAAAAACUAACAAUAAAAAGGGUAAUUAAGGAGAAAAAGUUUACGCUAAUAAUACGCUGUUUCGCUGAUAUCACAAAGCUGAGAUGGAGGCUGCUUUUUAAAAAAUAUAUAUACAGUAUGUAUACCUGGGUUGGUGGAAAAUAUCCUUUGGUUUUUCAGUACGGUGAAAGCAGUUUGGACACCCCUGGUCUUUAAUGUCUUAUUUUUGUGGACUAUAUUGCGUAAUAGGAGUGUAAAGGUGACUAUAGGGGUGUUAUUUUAUGUCUAGAGGGCUCUAAUAAUGUUAAAAAGCGUAUUUAGAAGGUGGGACACUCGUUUUCUAUGCUCUAACUACCAAAAUAUUCUAAUUAUGAAUGAGAAAACCUAGUGUGCGGAAUUUGACUCGGGUCUGGAACCAAUUAACCGCCAUGAACGAGGGAUUACUGUACAUAAAAAGAUGCAAUUUUAACAUCGGGCAUCAUAUCCCGCAGUGUGAAGGUAGCCAAACCGAAAUAGUCGGGACGCUUCCUGUCUUUGUCGUGACGUUUCCAAGCAUCGGAUCAUUCAACUCGUACUCGUUACAAAUACUCACAGCAAACAGGAGCUGCCUUUUUGAACAUUUUUUAACAUUCGACCACUGUCGACAAGAUGAACGACCCGACUUGUUCUGUGAUUUAGGAACAUUUUGGUGGUUCAGUGUCGGACGUGUUGUUUCUUCGCCCACCAUUGACCUGCGGCGAGAGCUGGCGUCUCUCGCUCUUCACGAAGUCAGUUUGGCUCCCACUCCAACCUCCGGAAACCGCCUUGAGACGUGCAUGUGACGCCUCGGAUACCUUCCAUGGUCACAGUUUAUCGUGUCUCGUCACGUUUGUCGCUUUGAUCUCGUCCGCCGCGUUCACCCACGGACCGCGUGAGCUAGCUCGCUAGCCAGCUAGCAGGCGAACACGGUGGGCGUGGUCGGGGGAAAUGUUGUAUAUAACAUUGUUCAUGUUUAGGUCACAUGACUGUACAGUUUUCUGUAUGCAUUUUGUGUCUUCUGGUUUACGAGGAAAUUGUUUUUUGUAAGAAAAAAGACCAAUAAAGGACAUAAAAAACCCAAAAAUGAGUCGCUUGAGCGCUGC